AUGGUCGUGUACGUUGGGCUCUUGUGGGUCUCUGUGGUGAUGAUACCCACCUGCACAGCUCUCCCCACCCAGGCAGAGUCCACGAGGAACACCAUCAACUACAUCACCCGGACCACUCUGGUGCACAUCAGUAGAAUAGAUCCCAUGGGUAUGGCCAGCCCCCCGAUCCCCGUGGAACCCCCUACCAUCGGGGACCUCAACAGCAUCAGCCAGUACCUCUCCCUGCUGGAGGCCGAGCUCAAGGGGCUCCGCUUGGAGUCCCUGGCCCAGAUCGAGGCCGACGUGUCCAGCCUGAACGGCUUCGUGCGCCACCUGGCCGAGACCCUGCACUGCCUCCUCGAUGCGGACCAGCCCGUCUGGGUCGGGGAGGAGCGCUUCCCGGUGACCCGUUGGCACGAGUGCCUGAGGAAGGUCCAGGUGUACCUCGAGGAACUACUGCGCCACACGGACCAGCUGGGCGCCUGCUGA